AUCUGUCACUGUGGCAGAGCCGAGGCCGGACAUACACAUACGCAUACACCGACAACUUUGUGCCCACCAAGAGGAGAUUAUUUUAACUUGGCAUUAUGUGUAAUUGUGGAGAGCUGCGUUCUGUGGAGGGAAAAUUCCCCCUUGCUGAGUUUCCUUCUCCAGAGUGCACCUGAUUACACCUUUGUUGCUAUAUACAACACCCAGGAGUUUCUGUCCAACUAGGUUCUAUUUUUAGUCUUCCUUUAGAUGCAGCCAUAGGACACAACAUAAUCUCACCUGUUCUGUUGUUGGAAGAUGGCUAGAGCAGCAGAGGAUCGCCACCUGGGCUCAGGCCCCAACGAGGACGACGUUUCUCUGUCAGGGAGGGAAUCCGAUUCAGACAGCAUCCUCUCUGAUGACUCAGUGCUUCCAGACUACACACCGCAAGUAACAAACAGUCGUGUGGCUUCAACUCUGUAUAAAGCAUGUGCUCAUAAUAAAGCGCCAUGUCUGCAAAGAUUCCUGGACAGAGGAGUCACAAAAGAAGAAGUUAUGGAGCUGGACAUCAAUGGCUGGAAUGGCUUGAUGGUGGCGUGCUGUAAAGGUUUCGUGGACAUUGUGCAUGGACUUCAUGGCUGUCCUUUUAUUGACAUAAACCACCAGGACAAUGAAGGCAACACUGCACUGAUGAUUGCAGCCCAAGCUGGUCAUGUCAACACAGUUAUGUAUCUCCUAAACUACUAUCCUGGGAUAGACUUGGAAAUCAAGGAUUGUCGUGGUUUCACAGCCCUAAUCAAAGCAGCGAUGACUGGCCGCAAUGAUGUGGUGGCUGCACUCGUUAUGGCCGGUGCUGACAUUCACACAGUUGACUCCACAAAAGGAAAAUGUGCUAAAGACUGGGCACUGAAAACUGGCCGCUAUGAAACCUUGCAUCGCCUGCGUCGCCUAACUAUGCAACCAAGAGCUGAGCAGUUCUGUGAGAGUUAUGUCCCUGAGUGGCCUGCACUCAGGGAGAAGGUAGCCAAGGCCAUGGCUGACAAAGGUGCCAGGGAAAAGAUUACCCAGCGAAUAAAAAGCACAUUGGGAUUCAGAUUUCCUCGUGACCCGGAGGACAACGGGGUGUUGGACCACAUGGUGCGAAUUACAACCAGUGUUCAUAGUCCACUCAUUUCAACUGGAUGUCGUCCACUGUGCCCUACAAGUCCUCCAGAGGUAGGGAAGAGGAGGUUGGCUGUGCCAGAGCUGGCAGGAAAACAUCCACGUAAGGAGCUAGAAGAGAGGUCUGUUUGUCACAGCAAUGGCUCUGUGUCACACAUUAUUCCCACAAUCCACUCGGCAGAGUCCAGCCCUACGAUAUGCUGUGUUGACACUGAGCGACGAGGCAGCAUCCUGUCUGUAGCCUCCACCAAAGUUGCUAGUACAUUUAUUCCGCGCAGUAUGGCGAGAAAGAACAGUGUGUUCCCCUCUGGCUGCAUCCCCCAGGUCAGCAUCUGUAGGCCCACACAGGCAACGCCAAAGAAAGAAAAGAAAAAGAAAAUGAACAGGGCCUUUCUGGAGCCACCGAUAUGGAAGUACAAGGAGGCCAAGGAGGAGAAAAAGAAGAAGGAGAAGAAGGCAGAGAAGAAGUCUGAGAAAGAAAAGAAGAAAAAAACUGACAGCAAAAAGGCCAAAAAAUAGUUUUGAAAAAGGUUCUUCUGCUGUGUAAAUCCUUUCAAACAUAAAUGUUCAACUAAUAUAAUAAUAUAAUAAUAUUUAAUUAUAUUUUGAAUUAGAAUAGCAAAUUACAUUUAUUUUUCCAAGACUAAAUUUGAGGUUUAUAGCAUAUAAACCAUAUAAAUUAUAAUACUGUGCAUUGAAUCCAUGUUCACUUCUUUCAGACUCACUCAGGUGCUAAAGAAUUCAUUGUAUCUACCUCAUCAUUCUCAUAAUCCACACUGUAAUGGAAAUCCAUCCCCUUAUGCACAAUGGAAAAUACGCAUAUACAGUUGUAAUUGCUCAUUUAUAUCAUUAUAUAACAUUGUAUAUUUUUGUAUCUGUAUAUUUGAAUCUGUCAUACAUUAUCUUUUGUAAACAGUCCAAUUUAAUUGUAUAUACUGCACAGCUUUUAGCAAAUAUGUAUGCACAUUAAAGACCACCACUCUGUUCA